AUGGUUACCUAUCUUUACUGCCGUCUCUUCAGAGAUAAAGACCAUAAGACUCUCGUCGCCCCUGGCGAUCGUCAGCGGAAUCGUGCAAACCGGAGCGCUAUCGGAUGCCCCUGCCGGCUAAAGAAGGUCGAUAACGGGUUAGGUCCGAUUCAAUUGAUACGAAAUAGCAAAGAGGGCCAUAACCACGAAUACUCCGCUCUUGCAUGGAAGAUUACUAGUGGGAUUAAAGCUCUGGCUGGCCAGGAAGUAUCGAAGGGCUAUUCGGCUAGCCAGGUUGCGAACGUCCUCAAAAUCCCUCAAAAUGGUAAUCUUCAAGCUCUCCAUUUAGCCGGGGGCGAGGCCCUCCGGUCACAAGAUGUACGGAAUGCUGGUUUACAGUUGCUAAAGGCAAAUUCCGAUUCUCGUAAGAGGGAUAUGGAAGAAGCUGUUAACCAUGACAUUGGGGCGCCGGUUGACGACGAGAUUGGCGCACCGGCACGGCGAAAGCUUGAGAUUCGGAAGAUUCUUGAUAGUAUCAUGAUGAAGUAUAAUGAAUUGGAUGAAGAUACAAAGGAGUGGGAUCCGAAUCUUCGGGAUAUGGCGAUUCGAGAGUGGAUAGGGAUAUUGGAACGCAUCACUGGGCCCUUGCGGACGGGAGCGAUUGAGGAUCUAACACAUCAUGUGUUAUCAAGGCAGGGGGAACCUAGUCGGCCAAUGAGAGGGAAAGAGUAA